AUGGCCGGCCCUCUCUCAGUAGACGAGAUCCUCGCGAAGCAGCGUGCCGAAAAAGAAGCAGCGGCCAAGCCCAAAUUCUUGACCAAGGCCGAGCGUCAGAAGAUUGCUCUCGAAAAGCGGAAUGCGGAGGUGCAGGAGGAUCUGGCGAAGGCAGACGCGGAAAAGCAGACACGUGCGGAGUUUGACCGUGCGGCCGAGGAGGAGAGGAGGAGGACGGCCGAGGCGGGACGGUAUGGGAAUGGCGGUGGCGGACAGGGGCAGCAGGGGGGGUAUGGCGGGCCGCAGAACGGUUAUGGAGGUGGAGGGAACCAGAACUUCCGAGGUCAACCAUCAAGCGGCCCAUCUGGUCCAGGCGGUCCGAACGGCGCGCCAAGUGGUCCUCGCGGUUUGGCCCCACCUAGCGGUCCUCGCGGCUCCACCUCUUCCCCUGCGCCGACCAACGGCUCUACAUCCAACUCGCCCUCUCGUCCCAGCCAGCCCGGAGACCUCGCUCCGCUAUCCGACCUGGAGUUGACGACCAUCCGAGCGAGACAUCUGGGGCAAAAGAUCGACCAAAAGAAACCGAGAUUGCGGAAAGAGGGGAACAAGAAAUUUGUCUUUGAUUGGAAGGCGGACGAGGACACAAGCGGACAUAAUCCAAAUAUGGUGCUGGAUGCGAAGGGGCUCGGUCCGGGCGGUGUCAUGCUGGGAGGGAACCUGGCGGGAUAUGAUGGAGCGAGCAAGGAUGGGAUACCAGACAAGCAUGCUGAUGCGUUGGAGCGGAGACGUGCUGGACGAGGAACGACGGAUGAGCGGCAUUGGUCUGACAAGCCGCUGGAUGAGAUGAAGGACCGGGACUGGCGUAUCUUCCGAGAAGACUUUUCGAUUCAGGCGCGAGGAGGAUCCAUACCUCUACCUCUGCGUUCAUGGCGCGAGUCGACUAUCCCAGCGACGAUCCUGGACGUCAUUGACGAGGUCGGAUACACGGAGCCCAGUCCUAUUCAGCGGCAAGCUAUUCCUAUCGGAAUGCAGAAUCGGGAUUUGAUCGGUAUUGCCAAAACAGGUUCCGGUAAAACCGCCGCCUUCGUCAUCCCCAUGUUAGCGUACAUCGGUCACCUCGGACAGCUCACCGACGAAAAUCGCCAUCUCGGCCCUUACGCUCUCAUUCUCGCCCCUACUCGUGAAUUGGCACAACAGAUUGAAUCUGAAACAGCCAAAUUCGCCGUCCGGAUGGGCUACACCUCCGUCUCCAUCAUCGGUGGUCGGUCCGUCGAGGAACAGCAGUUUGCCCUGCGGAACGGCGCGGAGAUCAUCAUCGCCACCCCCGGUCGACUCAAGGACAUGAUUGACAAGAGCAUGAUUGUGCUCUCGCAGUGCCGGUAUGUGGUCAUGGACGAGGCGGACCGGAUGGUGGAUUUGGGAUUCGAGGCGGAUCUCAACUUCAUCCUGGACGCUAUGCCGGCGACGCUGGCCAAGCCGGAGGAUGUCGAUGAGAAGGCGUUGUUGGAGUUCCAGGGAUGGAGAGUGACGACGCUCUUCUCGGCGACUAUGCCUCCUGCGGUAGACCGCUUGGCGCGGAAGUACCUGAGGAAGCCCGCGACGGUGACGAUCGGUAUUGCCGGUGAGGCGGUCGAUACCGUCGAGCACCGAGUGGAGUUCAUUGAGGGUGAAGAAAAGAGGAAGGCAAGGUUGAUUGAGAUCUUGAGGACGAUCGGUCUCCCACCGCCCAUGAUUGUCUUUGUCGGGCAAAAGAGGACCGCCGACGUCGUCGUCAAGUAUGUCCAGCAAGCGGGGCUGUCGGCUAUCAGUCUGCACUCCGACAAAUCGCAGGCUCAGCGAGAGGCGUCUCUGCAGGCGAUCCGAGAUGGAGAGGUCUCGGUGUUGGUGGCGACGGAUAUCGCGGGUCGGGGUAUCGAUGUGCCAGAUGUGUCGCUCGUGAUUAACUGGGCUAUGGCAGACUCUAUCGAGCGAUGGGUCCAUCGUGUCGGUCGUACCGGUCGAGCCGGGAAACGCGGUCUCUCCAUCACCUUCCUCAGCAACAGCGACGACGAGGUCAUGUAUGAUCUCAAGCAGGAGAUCUCCAAGUCACCGCUGUCGAUCAUGAACCCCGAACUGGCGAGGCAUGAUGCGGCCAAGCAGAGGAUCACAAAGGAGAUGAAGCGGAAGAGGGACGAGGAGGGGGCGGGGGAUGAUUGA